CUUGGUAGUUGACUGAGAAAUUUUGUUUCGUGAAAAAUAGUUUAUUAUAUUUGAAGAAGAAUGAAUAAAUUAGUGCUCUUCGCCUUCAUUGCCGCUAGCGCUCAAAUUUCGCUUGCUCGCCCGGAUGUUAGCCACGGUUAUCGCUACCAGCCAGGCUAUAGCAGCUCAGGUGGUAAUUUACUGCAGUCACCGCUACCCGCAAAUAACAACUACUUUAGCCCAACACCCACCUUCCCCGUCUCAGUUGGCGAUUAUGGAGGCAGCAGUAAAUUUAUCAGUUCUAGUGGCGCUCCUAGCCUUGGAUAUAACAGUGGCAGCAGUGGUGGUUUUUCUGGGGCCACUUCUACCUCGAACGGAUUUGGCAGCUAUGGCGGCGGCGUAGGCGAUUUCGGUGGUUCAUCAGCAGGCAACAGCUAUCAAUCUGGUUACGUCUCUGGCAACACACAAUCGGUGCACUAUUCUCAUCAAGCGUCGAACUUUGUCGGCCAGAAACCAAUUGUGACUAAACAUUUCUGGUUGCACUCAGCACCUGAGGAUCAUGAUGAGCAGCAAAUUGUGCGGUAUAUAAAUGUUGGACAACCACGCAAGAACUAUAAUGUUGUGUUCAUCAAUACGCCUUCAUCGAAUGUCAACAAAGCUAAGAUUAUCGCCAAUGUUGCGCCAGUUGAGGAUAAGACAGCGAUUUAUGUAUUGGCCAAGAAGGCAAAUGCCCUGGAUGUCAGCGCUGAAGUGGCAACACCAGCGCCCAGUGUCAGUAAGCCAGAAGUAUUCUUUAUUAAGUACAAAACACCCGACGAGGCGUUGCAUGCACAACACACCAUUCAAGCUCAAUAUGAUGCUUUGGGUGGCUCAAGCAAUCUUUCGAAUGAAGGUACUAUUCCUGUCUCCUCUGCAAUCGGCAGUUUGGGUGACUCUGUUGGCGUAGGUGCGGGGGAUGAUGAGGAUUCACACACAGUGCAAAUUGGCUCGCCAAUCACUUCGAUCUCUAACGGCGCCGGAGACAACGGGCUUCAGAACUAUUUACCACCAAAUCACAAGUAGAGUGUCCUGAGUAUUUCGAUCUCUACCCAGAAUAAUUCAGAAGACGGUGAUGGUGCGUAAAGCGUGCGUUAAAUUGUGUACAUAUAUAUUAUGUAUAAAUCACGCGAAAUCUGAUCGCGAAGUUAGUCCAGUAGAAAAAGCAAAGAACGUAUAAAAAGAAAAGAGGGCAGCUCCGGUCCAUUCCUCUACCAAAACUCAUGUAGCUUGAUUCACCACACAAAAUUAGAUUUGGCUGAAAUUAAAAUAGUGAAACUAGCUAGGUGAGCUUAAUU